AUGGACAAAGGGCAUAAUAUCACCGUGUUUAUUCUCCUGGGACUCUCCCCCAACAAGAACAUUGAAAUCUUUUGCUUUGUGUUAUUUUUAUUUUGCUACAUUGCUAUUUGGCUGGGAAAUGGGCUCAUAAUAAUUUCUGUCGUGUGCACACAGCUAAUUGACCAACCCAUGUACUUCUUCCUCAAUUACCUCUCCCUCUCUGACCUUUGUUAUACAUCCACAGUGACACCCAAGCUAAUGGCUGACUUACUGUCAGAAAAAAAGAUCAUUUCCUACAAUAACUGCAUGGUGCAGCUCUUUCUCAUUCACUUCCUUGGAGGCAUUGAGAUCUUCAUCCUCACGGGGAUGGCCUAUGACCGCUACGUGGCCAUCUGCAGGCCGCUGCACUACACUGUCAUCAUGAGCAGGCAAAGGUGCACCUCCAUCAUCGUAGCGUGUUGCGCUGGGGGCUUCCUGCACUCUGCCAGUCAGCUCCUUCUCACCAUCUUCUUACCGUUCCGUGGGCCCAAUGAGAUAGAUCACUACUUCUGCGAUGUGUACCCUUUGCUGAAAUUGACCUGUUCUAACACACACAUAAUAGGUCUCCUGGUCAUUGCUAAUUCAGGCUUAAUUGCUUUGGUGACCUUUGUUGUCUUGAUGUUGUCUUACUUUUUCAUACUGUACACCUUACAUGCAUACUCUGCGGAGAGCCGCAGCAAAGCCCUUUCCACCUGCAGCUCUCAUAUAAUCGUGGUGGUCCUGUUUUUUGCACCUGCAUUAUUCAUUUACAUUAGACCCACCACAACGUUCCCAGAGGACAAAGUGUUCGCUCUUUUUUACACCAUCAUUGCCCCCAUGUUCAACCCUCUGAUCUACACACUGAGAAACAAGGAGAUGAAGAACGCCAUGAGAAAAGUUUGA